GGGUUUAAAGGGAGGACACGCGCCACGCAGCUCAUUCUGGAUUUGGAGCUGAUCGAGGCGGGAUGCUGUCAGAGAUCGAGUGCGGGGUCUGUUACCGGAGCUUUAACGCGGCCCGCUGCUGUCCGCGGGAGCUGCACUGCAAGCACAGCUUCUGCGAGAGCUGCCUGCGGAGGCUGGGCCGGGGGCUGGCGGGGAGGACGGUCAUCGACUGUCCGCUCUGCCGGCACCCCACCGUCCUGACCGGGGAGCCGGGGGAGGCCGCCGUCCGAGCCCAGCUGAGGGUGGACGAGUGCGCUCUGGAGCGGCUGGUGGCAGCGGGGGUCCUGGACCAGGACCAGGAGGAAGACGAGGAGGAGGAGACGGAGGAAGUGAAAGAAAGCGCAGUGGAGCAGAGUGACGUCACCAGCGGGGUUGAGCGUGGGAUGCUGCGGCGGUCCUGGAAGAAAGUGUGGCGAGCCAUAAGCGGCAAGAGGAGCGAGCAAAGAGUGGAUGACUGCAUGACUUCAGAUGAGCUCAGGAACCUGGCUUUGAUGUCCUGCUACAUGUUCUGAGGAGCAUCCCUUAUCUUAUUUUUUUCUCCCAGCAAAAAUGUGACACUUGUUUGUUUGUUUAUGAUUAUGAAACUUUGCCUACCUGUGAGCUAUUAAUAUUUGUGACUGUUGCACUUAAAAGUACCAAAAACUGACAAAUAUGCACAAUUUACCACUAAUUAUGCACCAGUAUUUCCUAUUUAUUGUGUUUUUUAUUAUUAUUAUUGUUGUUGUAAAUCAAUGUGUUUUUUUUUAAUUUUGUAUUUAAAGAUGAAUAAAUUAACGUUUUGACUAAA